UGAAGGUAGGUUCUUUCAGUCAUUUCACUAAAAAACCAAUUAAAAUUUCGAUCUGAGGUUUAGGGUUUCGGAAACAUUCUCUGUGAAAGAGUUCCGUUCAUUCUCUACUCUUCGGAGACGGUAAAGAAGAAAUAUAAAACAGAAUAAAAACAACCAAGUAAUUACAGCUUCUUGAAAUGAGCAGUACAGUGCAUAGAACUCCCAAGUCUGGAGGUGGCAGGCAAUCGCCAUUUUUCCAAGAUUUAGCAUCACCAAUUUCUGCUCGUAGAGGGAAAUUUUCAAGUCCGGGUCAGGCUGCAGCAGUUUCAGCUCUGUGGCGUGAGAAUUUUGGGGGUUCAGAUCUUCCACCUCCUCCCAUGUACACCUUGGAUGACCGCUCUGAUUUCUCUCCAGAGUCUGGGUUUCUUGACUACCCAUCAUCGCCGGAAGUAAAGUCAUACUUGAAAACUCCUGCUCAAACUUCUGGUCGGGACUUUUCAUCAACUCCAGCUAAGGGGAAAUCAGAGACAUCUUUUGCUGUCAGAGGUGGGCUGCAGAAUCAGCAGGGUUCACCAGGCUUAGGUUGGUGGUUGCCAACAAAGUCUGGUAGCAGUGAACAAGAAGACAAAGCCAGGGGUUCGCCAGUUGAGGGUGUGGUGCAGCCUGGUGCUUUGAUCAUUCUUCCUCCACCAAGGGAAGUUGCUAGGCCUGAGAUGCAGAGAAAUAGCUUACCUGCUGGGAACCUUGAUGAGGAAGAAUGGGUUACCGUUUAUGGAUUUUCCCCAGCAGAUACCAACUUGGUUUUGCGGGAGUUUGAAAAGUGUGGUGUGAUCUUGAAACAUGUUCCAGGUCCAAGAGAAGCUAACUGGAUGCACAUUCUGUAUCAGAAUCGUUCUGAUGCGCAGAAGGCCCUCAAUAGAAAUGGGAUGCAAAUCAAUGGAGUAUUAAUUGUAGGUGUGAAACCAGUGGAUCCCAUGCUACGCCAGGCUUUAAAUGAAAGGCUUAACAAUCAAGGAUUUAUGACUUUGGCCCCUCCAUCAAGCAGAACCUCAGAGCUGAAUGCAUCAAGAGCCUCUUCUCAUCCCUAUUAUCUCCAAAACGGAACCACAAAUGCUCGGCAGUCAGGUGGUGCCAUGGCUUCCCCAUCAAAGUCAAUGGUGUCCAAAAUCAUGGAUUUGAUGUUUGGUCUUUAAGUUUGCUGUUGUCUCACCUCAAAGAUUCAUCAUAUUUAUUAUUAACAAAUUGUCAAAUGUUCCUUCGGCAAUUCAAAUGUAUAAUUGAGAGUUCAACAAAUCUUCUUUUGAGCUUGAUGCUUGAAUCAAUAUUACUCCUUUAUGGGAAGUGCCACAUUUCUUCUUGUCAUGGACAUUGUACUAGAGCACCGUGUAAACAUUCUCUUGAGGUUGAGAAAUGAUAGUUUGUGCUCGCAUUGUCUCUA